AAUGUUGGCAGCACUUCUGUACAUCGCAGUCCAGUCAAAAAAUGGAUUUGUUUAGAGCCAAUUUAUAAAUAGCAUUCUCUCAUCACCACCCCUAAACCAUUACUCAUUCUUAAAUGUAGGUUAUUUGCAACCGUGUAACAAAUCGCAUUCCUGAACCAAAGUACUUAACGAUGGACGAAGCCAAAAAAGACCAAACAACCGAAGACAGAAGACUGUGGAUCGGAAACCUUGAUCCAAGAGUCACUGAGUAUCACCUUCUGAAACUUGUGCAAAAACAUGGUGCCAUUGAGAAGUUUGAUUUAUUAUUUCAUCGAACUGGACCGUUAGCGGGACAGCCGAGGGGUUAUGCGUUUGUUACUUAUGUUAAUCAAGAGGAUGCAGUUCAAGCCAAACAAGUACUCAACAACGUUUUAGUAGGCCAAAGAAAAAUUGUGGUGACAUGGGCACACAGCGUGAACAAUGAGGAAGUUGAAAAACCGAAGCCAGAGAUAAAUAUUCCAGCCUUAGCCAUGUCUAAAAACGAGAAGAAAACAGACAGAGAAUCUCAGAUUCAAGCCAUAGAAGCCAAGCUGAAAUUAAUGGAGAAAAAAGCCGAGGAUGAGCUAAAAAUCAAUGACACUGUUGCAACAAAACCACCAGUUAUAACACAAUUUCAGUACAAUAAACAAACAGUUACCAAUAAUAGUCUGAAGACGAAAACACUCUUAAAACGACACGAUAAAUAUGUUAAGCCUUAUAGUAAACAAAAGAAUAGUAGGUAAUGAAGGAACUAAAAAAAUGAAUCUCAGGAACGUUUUUUGUGUAAAUGAGAAUUUGUGAUUGUGUUUUCAUGUGUAAUACAUCAAUUUUAUUUGUCCAAGUAUUAAACCAACUAACUGUAUUAGGCUUUAAGUAAUUUAUUAUUUUAAAAUACAAUACUAGUAUUAUUAAAUACAGAUCUCACA